CCCGGCGGUGCCCGUGCAUGCCCGCGCCGGCGGCAGCAUGGCCCGCAGGCAGGCGCGGCCGGCGGGCGGCGGGCGCUGGCUGCCCUGGCUGGGGCUCGCCGUGCUGCCGCUGGCCGUGCCGCCCGCCGCCGCCGCCGCCGCCUGCCCCUCCGCCUGCCCCGCCGCCUGCUACUGCCUGGUGACCCCGCGGCUGCAGCAGUGCCGCUGCGAGCGGCUGCAGGAGCCGCCGCGGGAGCUGCCGGCCGCCGUGCACAACCUCAGCAUCGCCGGCAGCAACCUGAGCGUGCUGCCCCGCGCCGCCUUCGCCGGCAGCCCGCUGCGCGACCUCCGCCUGCUCCGCCUGCGCCACGACAACAUCCGCGCCAUCGAGGACAUGGCGCUGCAGGGCCUGCCCGCGCUGCGCACCCUCGACCUCAGCCACAACCCGCUGCUCUCGGUGGCGGCCGGCGCCUUCGGCGGGGCGCCGCUGCUGCGCACGCUGCAGCUGAACCAGGCGCUGCUGGCGGCCCCGCUCGAGGAGCAGCUGGCCCUGGCCGUGCGCAACCUCAGCCUGCGCCGCCUGGAGCUGGCGGGCAACGCGCUGCGGGCGCUGCCGGCCGCGCUGCUGCCGCCCGGCCUGGAGGAGCUGGACCUGCGCAACAACUCGCUGCAGCGGCUGGCGGCCGCCGAGCUGCGCAGCCUGGACGGGCCGGAGCUGCGCGGGCUGCGCCUCAGCCUGGGCGCCAACCCGCUGAGCUGCGACUGCGGGCUGCGCCCGUUCCUGGCCUGGCUGCGCGCCGCCGCCGCCCGCGUGCUCGACGCGCGCACCCUGCGCUGCGCGUCCCCGCCGGCGCUGCGCGGCACCGCGCUGCUCCGCCUGCGGCCCGAGGCGCUGCUGUGCGCGCCCCGCGACGGCGGCGAGCCGGGCCGCCUGGAGACCGCGUCCUACGUGUUCUUCGGCAUCGUGCUGGCGCUCAUCGGCAUCGUCUUCCUCAUGGUGCUCUACCUGAACCGCCGCGGCAUCAAGCGCUGGCUGCACAACCUGCGCGAGGCCUGCCGCGACCAGAUGGAGGGCUACCACUACCGCUACGAGCAGGACGCGGAGCCGCGCUGCGCGGGCACGCCCGCGCUCUGACGGCGCCCGCGGGGUGCCCGCGGCACCCGGGACUGGCCUCCGGACGCUCCUGGAGCCUGCACUUGACUGAGACCGUGUACAGCUCUCUUUCCUAUUAGAUUUCUAUUCGACAGGUGCGAAGUUUAACUCGAUUUCUUUUUAUUUUUUUUCCCCUUUUCGCUGCAAAGAGGAGAACGCAUCGUCCUGCUGCGACGUGCUUUUCCUUGCCCGUUCACGCGUUCGGUUCUGCUCGAUGCGUUUCCAGCUCGUUCUAGGCACGAGGCCGUAGAAGCGCCCCCGCCGGCCGGGUGCAUGUUCCCGGGACAGGCGGGGCAGCCCUUGGACUCUAGAAUGUAGCGUAGACCUGGUGUCUCGGCACUUUGUAACUUAAAACGAGCCGAGCAGAAGCUGCCGCCCUCAUUCCCCUGCCCGUGUUUGCUUUAGUGCCUGUUACUAUAUCCUAGAGCAAAUAUAUUGAAAGCUGCACCCAC